AUGUCUUCGACCUUUGUAAACUACCGCCGUCAUUAUGAUGCCUUAGAAAUUUCACAAGAUGCGGAUCGGAACUUAAUAAAAACACAAUUUUACAAAUUAUCAAAAAAAUAUCAUCCAGAUGUUAAUUUUAAUGAUGAGCAAGCACAUACAAAAUUUUUACAAAUCAACGAAGCAUAUUCAAUAUUAAGUAAUGAACAAAGUCGAAGAGAGUAUGAUCGAUCAUUGUCACAACAAAGCGCAAGUCAUAAUAGUGGUAUGAAUAAAACAUCAAUUCAUUUCCGACCUAAAGUUAGAAGACGGAGACAAAAUUAUGGAAUGUAUGGUAAUUCAUCAGAAGGGACAGCAUUCGAAUCAAAUUUUGAAACAGAACAAAAAUAUCAAGAGCAUCGAAAGAAAUUAAAAUUUAAUUUUAAUGAACAUUAUCAGAGACAUUAUGAAGCUGAGAAACGAAGAGCGCAAGCAUCAGCAGAGAAAGAAAAAGAGAUGGAGAUGAUUAAAGAACACUUUCAGUUUGAAUUUUAUUAUUAA